AUGGUCGACUCAAAGAAAAUAUUUUCCCUCGAGGGCAAGGGUCUGAAACUGACCACCGCCGCCGACGUCGAGCCGCACAUCGCAGCCCUUCGUGCCAACGAUGUCGAAGAGGUGCACCUGCUCGGCAACAGCUUGGGUAUCGAGGCCUGCAAGGUCCUCGGUGAGGUCCUUGCUACCAAGAAGAAUCUCCAGGUCGCCAAUCUCGCCGACAUCUUCACCGCCCGCCUCCUGUCCGAGAUCCCCGACGCGCUCUCGCACCUCCUCACCUCGAUCCUGAACCUGCCCAAGCUCCACACCCUCAACGUCAACGACAACGCCUUUGGCCUCAACACGCAAGCGCCCCUCGUCGCCUUCCUCGCCGCCCACGUGCCGCUGCAGCACCUGUACCUCAACAACAACGGCCUCGGGCCGCACGCCGGCAUCCUCAUCGCCGACGCCCUAUCCUCGCUACAUGCCAAGAAGGAGGCGGCCCGCGCAGCCGGCCAGACGGUGCCCGACCUCGAGACCGUCAUCUGCGGCCGCAACCGGCUGGAGAACGGCAGCAUGACGGCGUGGGCCAAGACGUACCGCCUGCACAGCAAGCUGCGCGUCGUCAAGAUGGUCCAAAACGGCAUCCGCCAGGAAGGAAUCAGCCACCUCCUCCGCGAGGGUCUCCUGCACGCCACCGACCUGCAGGCGCUCGACCUCCAGGACAAUACGUUCACGCUCCGCGGCUCUCAGGCCCUAGCAGCCGUCGCCCCCAAAUGGGCAUCACUGCGUGAGCUCGCCGUCGGUGACUGCCUUCUCGGCGGCAAGGGCGCCGUGCUGGUCGCCGCUGCGCUCGCCCAGGGCAAGAAUGCCAAGCUGGAGACACUGCGUCUGCAGUUCAACGACAUGACGCCCGCCGGUGUCGAGGGCUUCGCCAAGGCCGCCAAGAACUUGCCCGCUCUCAAGCGCAUCGAGCUCAACGGCAACAAGUUUGAGGAGGAGGACGCGAGCGUGACGGUGCUGCAGGAGCUUUUGGAGGAGCGCAAGGAGGCUGUCGGCGGCGACUUGAUCGUCGAGGAUGAGUGGGGCGUGGAUGAGCUCGACGAGCUCGAAGGCUUCGACAGCGAUGAAGAAGAGGAAGAGGAAGAGGUCACGCCCGACGAGCGUGCCGAGAAGCUCAUCAAGGAGGCUGAGGAAGCACAAGAGGAACCCACGGUGCAGCUGCAGGACAAGAACGUGGACGAGCUGGCCAAGAAGCUGGAAAAGACGGGCAUUUAA